AUGGCAACUCAAAAGCAAAGUGCGCCCUCAUUUGCCACAAUUCUUUCUGUUUUGUCUAUUGGGUUUUAUUGUGCCGGGUUUUUAAGAGUUGAACUGGAACUAAACGAACAGAAGAAGAGAAUUAACGCUCUUGAAAUCGUCGCAGAGACUAAGCCUCCAUCGAGUGAAGUACACUCAACAAUAACCAACAAUUCUCAGCGUAAGUUUCUUUUUAAUUCAGCCUAGGUUUGUUUUUACUUGGUAAAGUUGCCAAUUUUUGAAAGAUUCAACAAAAUUACAGUUAUUUAUUCCAGAUAAUAGCUAGCUUGUUCUUCCUUUUCCUCGCAGUUGCAACUAUCGGAAUAAGUGUGUGUGCGUGUCGUUUUUUGCUUGUUGAGGUGACCCGCUUUCCAAAGGUCAUUAGACCGCGUUCUCGAACUGAUUUCUUGUGGUAAUUAUGAAGGCAAUCAUGAAGACAAUUUCAGUGGAGCAACAGUUACCUAGUCAAAAAAGUUCAACAUUCAACUGCAAGGAUCAUUUCCACUUUCAUAUGUUCACACUUUACAGAUAGCUCUUUCACCGGCACGCACCAGAUAAGGCUUCUUUUACUCAUAAGAACGGUGAUUUCGGCGCGAUUUCCGCUUGUAACGGAGCAAAUCACCGCCCCACCGAUUGCGAAAGUACAGCGUUACCUGUCGGAUAGAUGCUGUGCCACACUUUGAUGUAGUGUGAAUAGUAGCUGAAAAAAAGAGAAAUGAGAACUAAAAACUAUAUACACUGUUCACAGGUAGCCAUUACGACAACUGAAGGACCUGAAGAAGGAUCACGAGUUUAUCCCUAUAAUAUACAGAUUUUGCCAAGACUAAAAGCGAAUCGUGACUCUAUUCCGGUCCCUUAAAUAACCCUGACUUCUCUUUUCAUUAAGUAUCUACACAGACGUCUUUGCGGCUUCGUGCGUCUGUUGUUUUUAUUUUUUUUUUAAUUUGGAGCCACCGUAGUUUUUACAGAAGGAUGAGGUACUUCGCUUCAAAGGAAGCGGCGGACAUUUGUAAAAUGUAAAGCAGGUUACACAAUGAGUUUCGGAUUUCUCACAGCAUAACACAAUUUUGUCAAACUCAAGAACUUAAAUUGCGUAACUGAAUGCGACAUGUGAUUUCGCUUCCCCUUUGCAUCUACUUCUUGUUAUUUUGUCACUACCUUUUACUGAACCGGAUUUGUCAGCAUUAUUGACGGACCUGAACCAGAGGAUUCGGUGAACUUCAGUUCCAUGUACUGAAAUAAGUCUUAUGUUGCCAACGAACGAAUCGACUGACUGACGAGGCUCAAAGUACGAAAUAUAUUUCAAGGAUUUUAAACUUCUAGAGCAUUUUUAUUUUACAUUUUUCUUACGUGCGUCGAAUGAGGUAAAGACGAGAUGUCUUACUUUGCAAGUAGUUCAAGUGAACGAAUCGAAUCUUUUAAAGAAUCUUAAUCUUAAUCUUAAAAAGUAGUCUAUUAUAUUUGAAUUGUAAUCACAAGCAACAAAUUUAAUUAGUUAAUUAAUGGAACCAUUAAAGACUUGCUUUAAUUAUACUGAUUCCAAUUGCGGAGCUGUUAUCACUCGUUUUAGGCAUCGGCAACUGAUAAUUAGUUAUUACAGUUAGAUAUUUGCUGGCGAAACAUUUUAAAUUUAUUUGUUUAUAGCCCGUCCCUUAAGAAUUACAUGUCAAAAAAAGAUAUUUGAUAGUAUUUAUCUACUCAAGGCUUAGUUGCAUGAAUACGUGUUCUUUGAGCUUUGAAUUUAUAUUUCGCGGUUCUUUCACCUAAAUCAUUUGUCUGAUUAUUUACCCCGUAAUGCCGUCAAUCGUCAUACUGGUAGUAACUAGCUCCCACUCGAUGAGUUGUAAAGCUUAUACUGUACAGUCUUCUUUUUACCAUGAGGGUUGAACAUGACAAUAAAGGUUGUUUCUAUUCUUUUUAGAGCUUCAGUCGCUUGAGCUCCACAGAAGCAAACGUCAGGUUGAUAAAGUGAAUACGACGCUUAAAAUAAACAAACUUAUAUCAGAGUUAAAACCACACAUCUGUCAAUCAAAGGGUGUCAUGUGUUCACCAGGACCUCCAGGUCCACCCGGACCGAGAGGAGAGAAAGGAACCCGGGGACGAAGAGGACAGAGAGGGAAACAAGGAAACAAAGGAGAUCAAGGAAUUAUGGGAUCACCAGGAAAAAGUGGCAAGCAAGGCAUCAUACAAAGGUCAUUAGAUCGCGUUCUCGAACUGAUUUCUUGUGGUAAUUAUGAAAGCAAUCAUGAAGACAAUUUCAGCAGAGCAACAGUUACCUAGUUAAAGAAAUCAACAUUCAACUGCAAUGAUCAUUUCCUCUUUCAUAUGUUCACACUUUACCAGAUAGCUCUUUCGCCUGCACGCGUAAAAACACACACCAGAUAGGGCUUCUGUUAACACAUAAGAACGGUGAUCAGUUAGGGGCGAUUUCCGCUUGUAAUGGAGCAAAGCAGCACCGCGCCGAUCGCAAAAGUAGAGCGUCACCUGUCGGAUGGGUGCUGUGCCACAGUCAGUGAUGUAGUGUGAAUCGCAGCUGAAGUGAAUAAGUAGAAGCAAGGUCUGGAGUGACGACUAGGACGAUUUAAUUCACUAAACCCUCUCGGCUGGUUGCUUCGGCACGAUAUUUAUACUAGAUGACGUGGGAACGACUUGUUCUAGUUCUGUGCCGUUGCUGUUCAUACUAUGUAUACCCUAUUAUAGUGUGAACGUAGCUUCAAUAAUUAACUCACGGGUAGCCUGUGUAGCAUACGUCGAAAGACUGUAUAUUGAAGGAAACCAAAAAUGUCGUUAUAAAGGUGACGUCAUCAACAACGUUACCUCUUUCUCCAGCUUCUAACAAAGUAAGAAAGUCAGGCCUAGCAGCGUAGUUGACAUUUUCCGAGCAAAUUUACAAAAUUCGCGUUAAUUUUUGUUAACGUUAAUGUCCGCGCCAUUAAUAAACUGCAGCGUUAUUUUCUGCGACCUUAGUUUCUAUCAUUUUGCCCCCAAAUUCUCGACAUACUGCAGACAUUCUUGACUUGCGCCCUUUAUAUUUCAGAUCAAUCUUUCACAAAUUGAUUACUGUAAGAACAUUUCACCUUCAUUGUCGCUGUAAGAAAAAUAACCCACAACAUCUGCCCCCUAGAUUUCGGUCAAGUUUAAAUAUAUUUGUUCCUGUUGUUUUAACAACUUUCGUUUAUUUUGUAUGUCGUGUUAAUUUUUCGUUCUUUUAAAAUUUUACCUUGCCUUUCGCGUCACUUUUCUUAGUUGGGAAGUAUUUUCCCCUUUUAUUCGCGUUAAUUAAAGUCGCGCUAAUUUCAAAUACCUUAAUUAACAGAGCGGUAAUUUCCUAUUAUAAGGUAUAUGAAAAAUGUACGUUAUUUGAGAGGUGUCAAAUGUCCUUGAUCUAUCCUAAUUGUUUUUGACGUAACGGUAGUGAACAAGACUGUGCUUUCAUCUAAAAGCAGAAGACCACUAGACAGGUAUUAUAUGACAUUUAUAAUUGUCAUUAUCAGCCAACAAUAAUCAAAGAAGAAGAAAAUAUCCUACAGAAGUCUGAAAUCAACAAAAUUAGUGAUAAGAGUCGAUAAUAAAGAGUCGGUGAAGAACAGCCAACAGCAUCUUGGAAAGGAGUCCAAUAUAAUUUUGCGCAAUAAAUAUCAACCUUGUUUCGAGGCUACUUUCUCAGAAGCCUGAAAAAGGAUAGAUGUUAUUUUUUUUAUGACGUCAACUUUAUUAGCAAGAUUUUCGGUGUCAUUUAAUUUACAGUUUACAAUCUACAAUCCUCGUUCAGUCUGCAGUCUUAAAAUGUCAUACAGCGGAUGUUAACUUCCCGUCUUCAUUUGUCUGUACCUUGGCAAAUUCAGGAUAUAAUAGGAUUUUUAGUCUAACAGAUAUUCUUCAAAUAGCAGUUGUCAUCCGCCAAGUUGUAUUUGUGCUGUUUUUGCAAAUUUUCUCCACGUCCCAAACAACUGCGCGAACGAAACCUCUUCCACAGGGCUUCUCGGUUGCCGUCCCUUUGUCUGGCGAUCGCAACCGUCUUCCAAGUUUGGUCAACCCUUGAACCUGAGUAUUGACUUUUCCAUUAUUUACUCGCCAAGGUUUCCCGUAACCAAACAAAACCGAAGAAAAGAAAGACAGAUUUAAAAAAAAGGGAAAAUAAACUUGGGAUACCUGGGGCGCGAUUCAAACGAAUUAAUUUGAUAGGAGUCUUUACAGUUCUUUUCAUGAAAACGUAACUUGAGUUGAAAGUGUUGAAAGUGUAAAGUAUUGAAACUUGUAAUCACUUAGUGGGUAGCCCAGCACCGAUCCACCAUCACUAUAGCCUGCAUAGCAUGGCGGUUUUUGUCGGGAGCACUACUGACCGGCGAAGCCGCAAUAACACGCUCAAGAUGCUCCCGCCCCAAUCUCCUCGCGGCUUCUCUGCGCUCGCCAGCCUUUAUUACUUUGCACGCCCAAAAACCGCCAUGCUACGCAGGCUAACAUCACUAUAUCCCACCUGUAAUGAGGCUCCACUUGAUAGUUUCAAACAACUUUUUGGCCCCUUGUCUUCGGUUUAUUAUGUUUUGCGCGUAUCUUCAAUACCAUUAGAACAGGUGUUGUGUACCUUGUAAUUGAUAUGUAAAGGAAAGUCGAUUUCAAAGAAUCCUCUCUCGACCACAGCUAUUGCUGUCAGGACAGUCAAGUCUCUCAUAGGGACCACAUCUCGUAAGCGACCACUUUAAAAAAUAACCGAUUUGUUUCUCAGUCAAAUACUGUUUUUGAAACUCUCUUUUAAGCGACCACCGUGACGGAAAAAUCACUUUUUAAACCAGAAGUUCGACAUAUUCUUAUGCCAAAUUAUUUUUUUUUUCCCGUCAUGAUCACUUACGAUUGUAAGAAAACCACUGCUCAAAUGUCACAAAAGUUCUGUGCUGAUCAAGUGUGCUGAAAGUUGACUUACUUAGAUUGUAAUAUUACAUUGAUGCAAAAUGUUAUUUACAGUUUCAGUCGUUCAGAGUGUUACUAUAUGAUUUGAAACAUUAUUAAGAUCUUUACAGAAGGAAGGUUUCAGUCAAGGUGAAGUGGACCACCUAUUUAGCGCCUCAGUUUUUCCGAAUUUCUCUUAUGGUCUGCCUGUUUAUGGCGCUGUAGACUCAGAUCUCACGGUCAAACAAACCUUCUGGAUAGAUGCUUUAAAAGGAAAUACAGAUCUAAGAGAAUGGACAUUCGACAACUUUUAGAAAAGGCAGAUAAGAAGCUAUUCAAGGUACGUUCAGUGGAUCCCGAUCGCCCGCUCAGUAACAUCAUUCCGAAGAAGAAAGAAACAAAGUAUCUACUCAGAAACAAAAGUGCUCAUCGGCCGGAUAUAAAGACUGAUAGAUUUAAGAAUGUUUUUUGUAAAUAGUAUUAUUUUAAGAUAUAAUCUUUGAUCUUUCUAUUAUUUGUAUACAGUAUGUCUUAUGUAUUUUAGAUUCCCAACUGCUGAUGUAACUUAAAAUAUUUCUUUUUAUCUUAGGAGAAUAUUGCCUGCGUCGCAGACGCUCUAAACCUUCUCUACUAUACAAAUGGUUUAGACGAGUGCGUAGGCCGGCUGCAACGCAGGCUAGGGAGAAUAAAGAUUGAUUGAUUGAUUGCCAGUAGUUUGUUUGCCUAAGUUUUAGCUUGUUAGGUAAUAACUUUAUGUAAUCACGUUAAUCAGUUAAGUUGGAGCGUUUUCUAUUGAUUUUUCGCACACACGACCACCUCCCUUAAGCGGCCACUUUCUCGUGCAUCAAGGGUGGUCACUUACGAGAGAGUUGCCUGUAUACGAGAAGAUCGAUUGCGCGUACCGAUUGACCAAGUGUACCGGCUGCACAGCGAGUAUAGAGUGUAACGGCUGUACCGAGUGUACCGGAUGUACCGAGCGUAACCAGUGUACCGAGUGUACUGAUCUGCCCGCUGAGUCCCUAACUAACUUGACUGUAAAUGUUUUGGAUUCCUUUGUGCUUUAAAAAACAAUUGGCACACUGCACGUUAUAGAACUUUCCAGAUUUACUGCGGUUCAGCUCUGUGGUGCACAGCAGCUCAAAUGUUUAACAUGCGUUUUCUGAGAUGAAAAAGAGAGUGAAGAGAGUCUAUAGAUUUCGUCCCAUGGGAAAUCAGGUUGAAUGACGACUAAGUCAGUCCACAGUAAUAAAGUCCUCACUCAGUUGGUUUUAAGGAUAAAAGACCAUAAAAUGCUGAACCGGAGAACGGGAUUUCUAUAUUUUGCUUUUGCGCUUAAUUACAGUCUGCUAGACUCAACUUUUAAAAUAAACAAGCUUCCCAUAUCUCAAGGUUUUCUCCGACAAGUAGCCACACUAUAUACUACUCACUGUCAUAAUGUUCCACUUUAUCCUGGACUUAAUGAUGGUUAAUGUUCUUUUGUUCAUCUUUUCAGAACUUCAACCUCGGAAAAUUCACCAUAACAGAAACAGACGCCAGGUUAACUCAGUUAACGCCACUCUUAAAGUCAACAAACUAAUAUCAGAGUUAAGACCACACAUCUGCCAAUCAAAAGGUCUUAGGUGUUUGCCUGGUCCCCCAGGCCCUCCAGGUUCACCUGGACCUAGAGGAGAGAAAGGAACCCGGGGACGAAGAGGACACAGAGGGAAACCUGGAAACAAAGGAGAUCAAGGCAUUAUGGGACCACCAGGAAAGAGUGGCAAGCAAGGCAUUAUGGGACCAGUUGGGCCGCCUGGUGUAGCUGGUCCUAAAGGACAAAAAGGAGACAUGGGGCCCGCGGGCUUGCCGGGAUCUAAAGGAGAGCCUGGUGAAUCAAUCUCAGUUCCUACUGUUGCUGUUUCGCCUGCAAGAUUGACUGCAAACGAGACCAGAUCAGCCUCGUUUCAGUGUUCUGUCAAUGGUAAUCCUAAACCUACAGUAGUGUGGAGUAAACUUAACAGUCAAACAAAAAUGAACCAAUCAGCGGUUUUAGGAGACACUUUGCUCUUACAGAACUUGAAAGGGAGUGAUGCGGGUGUGUAUAAAUGUUCAGCGGUAAACAUCUUGGGGCAGGCGUACGCAGUUGGUCACCUUAUAGUGAAUGGUGAGUUUUUUUUUUUGCAUUUGUUAUUGACUAUUAUCUUAUUUCAAGGAUUUACUUUGCGUACCAUACAAGAUGAACGAUGAGGAAAGGUAUUACGUAGCAACCUUACAAAAAAACGCGGGAGCGAUAUCCAGGUAUUGUUGGUUUUCACAUGACGUCACUAAAAUUCAAACUUAAAAACUAUCGAUCCUACCAAAAUUUUACUUUCACGAUACAUUACGGCAGAUGAAAACUAAUUUUCAUACAAAUUAUCGCUUCAAAGGGUUCUUGGUUUUGUGAUAGAGUACGCUUGAAUUUCUAAGCUUUUGCGUAACGCGGCAUUUACAUGGCAGCAAAAAGAGUUGUCAUGUUGAUUAGAAAAAGUAUUACUUUAAUGUUUGUGAGUUUCUCGAAGAAUAAAUUCCCGCUUUUGUAGCAAAACUCGGUAACAGAUGUUUCUGUUGGUUUCCGUCCUCCAUGUUGGAGCUCAUCCAGGUGAGCAGCAGCAUGGCGUCUCCAUACACAUCUCUAUAAGUUUGGGUAAAACAUUUCCUCGGAUAUCUCGUAUACCAAAUAUUCCUCUGACCUGAAUCUUGGCGAGGGUCUUUGUAUAUGUACGUCCUUCCAUUUCCCAGAUUCUGGACUUUAUCUAUUGAACGGUUUUGAUUUUUAUUUUGAUCUAUUUUGAAUGGCGUGACACUGAAAACCAACAAUAGUCAACAGUAUCUUGCAGAAAUUAUUUUUCAUUCAACUAACGAAAAAAGUUCGGAAUUAAAUUUUGUUUUGCAGACCCUCUUAAUAUAAGUACGGUAGGUCAAUACUUUUUUUUAGCAAAUUAAGUGUAUCAUGACAGUAUAAUUAAUUCUCGCUUGUUGCACUACCUCAGGAGGAGCUUGCUCCUUUUUUCUAACGUGCUCUGAGGUCGAAAUUAACCCAACCUCAGAAAGUUUGUUUGCAAGUUCGUUUGGUCAUUAAAAGCUCACAGUUUAUUAAUGUUGUUGAUUAGUUCAAAAUCUUAAAUCAUAUUGAAGGAAGAUUUAAAAAUAUUUGCCCUUGGUAAGACGUGGUUAAGUUCCUCUAUCCCAAGUGAUUUGUCUUACAUUCCUGGUUCACUAUUGCCAAAACUUGAUUUCGGACUUAUCUUAGGACAUGUUUACAUGGAGGUGGGGGACCCCAGACACGUGAGGUAACAUGUAGUGGCAUGGGUCACCCCACCUAUCAUGUAAACGUGAUCAAAUUAAAAUGAGAGAUUAUAUGGACAGGCGGGCUACCUCACCUACCUUGGGUCAGCCACCUCCAUGUAAACAGGCCCUUAGGGUGAAUAAAAUUCUUACAGCACACCCACUUAGGCUUUGUUUGCUGAGAAUUAUUAAGUACAAAGUUGACAGGACUACUUUAAGAAAACUUUACAAAUAUUUGAUGCGAAAACGCUCCGUUUCUUUGUCAACUUGCUGUUUGGUAGUACGUUCUGCAACACGGUUUUUAUCUUAACGAGUGCAAAAAUGACUCACCAUUGCUCUAGCUGCUGCAAUUACUAGUCACGCAAAACCACUUAACGCCAUUUACGUGGAGGUUAUAUUUUUAUCCUGUCGCGCAUUUAUAAUGUAUGUUUUCAGUAUUUGGUAACGUCGUAUUCAAACCCAGGGUCCGAUCGGGCUCUGCAUUGCACGGCGAAGUUUUUUUUUUUAUCCUUCCUAGUUUAUGUUUUAUUACUUUUUGCAAGUUUGAAAUAAACUGUUUUCUUUCUAUAAGGGAAGAAAAUUUGUCCAAAAAAACAAUUCAACCUCUCUGAGGGUAGUAAAACACAUCUCUUUUCCGUUUACAGUUCGCCCCUCCGUAUCUCUCGAUCCAGGACCUUAUUAUUUCGUUCAAGGAAGUAACGCCAUUCUUCCUGUAUGUCACGUGACUGGCCAUCCCACACCAGUGAUCACGUGGAGCAGAUCAUUUGGCCAGCUACCGCAGGGGAGGGUACAGAGUAACAACAGUGUCAUCAAAGUUGUUAGUGUCCGUAAAGUUGAUUCUGAUAAUUACCUCUGCACUGCGACUAAUCUGUUAGGAAGUGUCGUAAAAAGAACUCACUUAGUUGUGGUCUCCCUCCCUCGGUUCACCGUUAAACCUCGCGCGAAAGUUGUUGCAUUUCUUGGUCUUGUUAUGACGUUGAACUGCAACGCUACUGGUGAUCCUCAGCCUGUCAUAAGUUGGAAAAAACAAGGAUCCGCGCUGCCUCGUGGAAGAAGCCAGCAAAUCAAUGGCGCGUUAGUGAUAAGAGGUAUUCGAAAAGAGGAUACAGGAAAUUACAUUUGUAUUGCAACAAGUGCAAGAGUAUUCAGUGUAGAAACUGGGACCUGCAUUGAGGUACACUCUCAUAAAGGUUAGUUAUGAUCAUGAUUCAUAAGAAUUAAUUCAGAACAAAGAUUUUUGGUUUCACCCUGUCCACUAUAUAGUUUCUUUUUCGGUUGAUGACUCGAUCUUUCUACUACAACGGAUAGCUCAACUUAGGUAGUUCUCAUGAAUAAACGUUUUGCUUUUCGUGACAAAUAUAAAGCAAGAUCCUUUUUUCAUUGUGAUAAGCGAUAGGCCAAUACAUUUUUCUUGUUUAUUGCAGUUUUAAAUUGAACCACUAAUAGUUUUUCAAGUAAAUAGAUUGAAGCAAAUAAAUAAAUGAUUGUAAGUAUCAAAUUAAAGCAACCAUAUGUUGUAUUUCUACUACGGAUCUUCACUUAUGCCAGUAAAAAACUGAAAUUCAAUCGUAAAAAAGCCCUUAGGUUUGACUGCACAAAAGAGAUUUCAAAGAAAACGACCUUAGCAAACUUUUAGCCACUGAGAAAGAGGAAGAAAAAAUUAUAAAGGAGCUGGUAUGGCCGAAGUGGAAUUGUUUUGAGUAUCUGCGUAGCAAUGCAAAAUUGAUUUUAAAUUAAUUUUGAAUUAUUCCAAAUCUCUCACAUUGUCGCUUUUGUCUCUGCGUCAUAUAAAUUUAAAAGUCAUCUAAAUCUGACGAAUAAUUAUUUUAAUGGCUCCAAGUCCUCAGACUGAAAAUAAAAGGCGAAGGUAACCUGGUACUUGCUGUUCCAUCCGAAAAGGUUGUUAUUCAUUUACUAAGAAUAAGGAGCGAACCCUAGAAAACACAAAACGGAUCUACGCUAUAUAACGUAUGCCUUGUUUUGUUGUUAGUUUUUGUUCUUGUUCUUAUUUUUUCGUGGCAAGAAAAAAGCUCGCUCAAAAACGCUCGCUAAAAAGGCUGCAAGCCUUACUCUCUGGGACGAGGCAGCGUAUAUCUUUGUUUUACUGUUGUUUAUAGCACAGCGACUGUCCAAACAAGCUCUUUCUAUCUUGUUUUAUCAGAUUGCUUCGAUCUGUUCAAGUCAGGCUAUACUCAGAGUGGAGUUUACUCUGUGGACCCAGACGGAAAAGGAUCCUUUAAUGUAUAUUGCGACAUGCACACUGAUGGUGGAGGAUGGACCGUGUUCCAGAGAAGACAAGAUGGCUCGGUAGACUUCUAUCGCGGCUGGAAUGAUUUCAAAUCAGGCUUUGGUCAGCUGAUAGCUGAGCUCUGGUUAGGAAACGACAAGAUCCACAGGCUGACAGCCGCUAGACCCAGUACCCUGCGAGUCGAGCUAGAGGACUGGAACGGAGUAAGAGUAUACGCCAAAUAUGGCAAGUUUAAAGUUGGUGAUGAGCAGGCGAAGUAUCGACUUGAAGUGGGUGCAUAUUCAGGGACGGCGGGGAACUCUUUGCUCGGUUCAUUUAACCUUAAUAACAUGGCGUUUACCACAAAGGACAGAGAUAAUGAUAUAUACGGUGGCAACUGUGCGGUGAUCUAUACUGGUGCCUGGUGGUACAACCGCUGCCACAACUCCAAUCUUAAUGGGAAAUACCUGGGACGAAAAUAUGAUUACAAAGGAGUCGUGUGGAAUGAAUUCAGACAUAAACUUUCACUGAAAUAUACUGAAAUGAAGCUGAGAUCGUCAUCUUAAAAAGAAUACGCAUGUUUAAUUCUCUCGUUUCACUAUUACAAGAAUGGAAAGUAUUAUAGUGUACGCCAACAAUGGCAAUACCAAGCCCUCUAGGAGUUGAGGUAGAGGACUGAAAUGGAGUAACAGUGCCUGCUUAAUAUGGUAACAGUAACAUUGGUGAUGAGCAGGCGCGGAAUUGAAUUGGACUCAUUUUCAGGUACAGCAGGAGACUCUUUGCGCUAGGUAUUUGACCUGGCGUUCAGCAUAAAAGACGGAGAUGAUAUGUGUUUGCAGCCGUGUUGUGUCAUACACUGGUGCCUGGCAGUGCAGUAAUCUGAAUGGAAAGUAUCUGGAAAAUAAGCAAGCAUCAAAUGGAGUUCAAUGAGUCACAUUUCGUCGGAAGAUUUCGCUCCGAGGUCUUUAUUUUAGAAAGAAUAUCCCUCACUUCACUUGAAGUGGACUGAUAUUUUGGGACAGUCGGUGAUUGAUUAAUUAACCCAUUGACGGCCGUGUUGGCCAAAACCAGCCGUAGAAGACUAUACUGCUUUAAAACAUUGCAACUUUCUAAAUCGCGUGAACAUUGCCUUAAUUGUCAGUUUUGAGCAUUGCCUAGAAUGUCCUUCAAAUUGGGAUAUCCAAGAAACGCAAAAAAAAUGAGCGCUUUUUGCGAAAUAUCACCUUUUGAAUUUGAACAAAAGCAAAAAAUGACCGUUUUUAACGUCAUAGAAUAUCGAGAAAAAUCACGUUUUUCGCCUUCAGGAUUUUUAAAGAAUCAUCCUUGCAAAACUGAAAGUCAACAUUCAAAAUCAACAUGUUAGCUCAACGAAGCAAAAUGACUACGUCAGAAUGACGUUUACAGAAAACUCGAGCCUUCAGUGUUUCAGAAAGCAGCACUUUUCAUGGUAACUCCAAAUAAGGAGACACAACAACAACAACAACACCAACUUAAAUAUUUCAAUAAUUUGAAACAUAUAUCUUUGUUUACUUUUAACCAUCAGUAGGAUUAAUUAUUCCGGAUAUAAGUUUGUCUCUCAAUUCAAAGCAAGAUGAUAUAAUAAACAAUUAAUGAAUGAGGCUGAGUAUCUUAUGAAUAAUUAAAGAAAGAUACACCCUCCGAGAUCUCCAUAAUUCUUCAUAUGAUACGAAAGCCGAAUUCAAUAAUUGUUUUAUUAUUCAUUCAAAAUAAUUCCUAGUUUACAAAUAUGGCUAAACAUGCUUACCUCCAAAGAUCCAUCGAUGUUAAGUUCAUGUUCGAUAGUGCACGUUUAGGAUUGUUCAGCUACGCAAAUAUUCUCCAAAUAGCAGAUGUCGCCCCUCGAGUUGUCUUCUUGCUGUUUUUGCCAUGUUUUAGCUAUUUUUUCGCCUAGUUCUUACUCUUGAAGCGAGGGAAAUGUCCGCCAUUUUUCAAGUUCACAACCAAAACAAUUCAACCUUGUCCCCAGGUCUUCUCGGUUAACGGUGCAUUAACCUGUAGGCUGUAGGCUGCAUUUUUGACGUCAUUUCCUCGUUAAACAAAAUUCUUCCAAAUUUGGUCAUCAGUGACUGGUUAUGGUGAAUUAUGCGUGUGCUUUUAGCCAAUCAAUAUUGGGGAAAUAAUUUGAAUAAAUAAUAAUUGAAAUUAAUUGGAUGUUAAUAAAAUAGUCGUUAAAUUUCAACAGAUGUGAUAAUUAGGUCUCAUGUGAUUAAGUCGUAGUAACGGUAUUUUAGGUCCUAGUUUAGAGACGAACAUCUCUCUUAUCGAAGAAAAACUUGGACAAUCUAAUAAAAGGUGAGUUUCAUCUUCAAUUUUAUUUCAAUCGCAGAGACUGCAUUCACUUUAACCACUUGAGCAACACUGAGCUACCAUAUUGUCUGUAUAACUAGUCUAGAUCAGAAGGACGUUUCGUAAAAUGUUUCACAGAAGUUUAUCUGAUUACCAUAUUUUUACAAAUGAACGAAGUUGAUGUUUGCAAAUGAUAUAUCAAGGAAGUUAAUUGUAAAAUUAAAACUAUAGCUUACCCUACCACUUCCCGCUGUGGCAUCAUAACAACGCGAAAGGCUCAUUAUAAUCGCAAUAGUGGGUUAUUAUCUACAACUUCCUUUUUAAAUAAUAUAAAGCUUAAUAGAUAGCUACAACCAAAUUGACCCUUAUUAUUUCACAAACUUCCUGCAUGAUGGCGGGUCGCUGGUUAUCUACCAUCCCAUAUCCAAGUCCAUGUAGGCUCCUGACAAGUUAUUUUAUAACAAACGUACCUUCGAACCCAGACUUAUUCUUGAACGUUUUUCUUCUCUAACCAGAUGGCUAGAAUUCUGUGAGAUUUCCCCCUGGAAAUAAACAGUUUUGAGAGUAUUUUCCACGUGGUCCGACGUGGCCUUCGUAGAACGCGCUUGAAAGCAAUGGGCACCCACUAUUUCAGUCGCCUGCCAAGCAUGCUAGAUCCAACGUCAUUAAAACAAUUCAUGAGACCAUAUUUUAGCUUGCUUUGGUUUUCGUAACAAAUUAUUACCAAAGCACCUUAAUUGUCCUAUGACGUAAUUUUGGUUCUUAAAAUAGCUUUUGCAAUACUGUAUGUACCGCAGUGUACGUACUUGUAUGGUCAUGCUAAUAAAGUUCGUUGUUGUCGUUUAUCAAAAUUUUGUUUUAGAAGAGAAGAGUUUGAGAUUUUUAGACAACGGUAUUUUUUUUUAAACUCGCUAGUUAUUUCCCAGCGCUGGGAUGAACUUAACACUGCUUAAAUAAACGGUGGUCAGAAUACCAAAAAUAGAUCGUUUUCACUGUCACGCAACAAAAAACUAACUUGGAAACCGUCCAGUGGAAGAAGCCACGAAAAUGAAAUGUUAUAAAAGACUAAUUUAUAAACAAUUGUCCAAGUGUCAGGUCUUUGUGCCCUCAGUUUCUGAGUUAUUUGCCGAAACGUUUCACUCACCUUUGUAGAGCUUUGUAUGGAGACGCCAUCUUGGUGCACCGUUUUGGUGCACCAAUAUGGGCGCCGGAAACCAUCAAUAACAUCUGGAGUUCACGUUUUCCAUAAACGCUCUUCUUUUCACUCGAGAAUACUAGAAUACGUGCGCAUACACAUAUCUUCUAAUAAUUGAAAUGGUUAUACUGCUGAAAAUCAAGAGGAGAGACUAUUUUUUAACGAGACAGCAUUCCCAUUUUGGUGUCACGCACUGUGAAAACUCGCAAGUUCAAAUUGCUGCAUUUUCGAAAUGAAACAUGUCACGGGAAUGGAAACUUGUUCAAAGAUUUAGUUUUUGUUAUCUUCAGAAUUCGUAAAACCUCGCUAUUUUGACUUUACAAUUUGAUGACGUCACUGUGAAACCAUCUAUAGGCCAUUUUCACGAUUACGACAUUUGACAGCUCACUACAACUACCAGGAUUCAUUUCGUUUUUGCUUUCUUAUUUAAAAUUCUUAAUCCCUCUGAGGAUUAAAGAAUAAAGAAAGCAGAAGAAAAUAGCAAACUGUAGGAUUUUUGGUAGUUGUUAGUAGUAAAAUGACGUCAUCAUGCAAUUUUCCUAUUUGGGGAUGUGCCAAAACGGAUUUGAACUUUGGUUCAGGUCAAACUGAGGGAAAAAACAAUUAAGAAAACUGCACCCGUGAACACGGUAUCAAAUUCAAUGAAGUCCGAGCGCCGAGGAACAACGCAGUCUGCUGAUAUUGCCUGAAAUGGUAACUCAAAAGCAGAGUUUGCCUUCUUUUGCCAGUGUUCUUUCUGCCUUGUCUAUUGUGUUUUUACUCUGUCGGGUUUUUGAGAGUUGUAUUGGAGUUACAUGAGCAGAGUGAGAGGAUUAACGCGCUUGAAAACAACGGACAGACUGAACUGCGGCCAUCAUUCGAACCAAGCCUUGUGGAUAUACCCAAGACAAGGUCUCUCGGUAAGUUUGUUUCUCAAGUCCUGUUUACUUUUUAACUUAACUAGGGUAUAGCUACACGGUCGCUACGGUACUGUCAGUCGGCAACUUCUUUCCAGGUCAUAUUAGAGACUCAUACAUCAUAGCUAGUAUCGUUUUACUUGCACUUAAAAGUGCGUACGCUGGUGGAUGCACUCGUUCAAUUUUUGGGUAAGUGUGUGCCGCUGAGCCGCAAAUUAUCUAGGAGCCUAUUUUAGACCAUUCACAAAAACCUCACUAACCAGUCUAUACUAACCAACUGUAAGCUAGAAACUCCAAUCUUCACUGAAAAUUGGGAUCAGUUUAGUUUUCUGGGAAACCGAGCUCGAUACGAGUUUAUCGAGCUCGAUAUGUCCUAUUCUUAACUAAAAUCCCCGAUUUCUACCAAGGGAUAAAGUGCAUAAAAACCAUUACCUUUACUUACCUUUAAACCGUAACGGCUUCCUCACCCGGGUGUCUACGUACCGUGAUCCCUUAUUUAGCGCUAAGGUUUAUGGCUUCCUGCUGAAUAAAACGACACAGACGGUUACCGACUCAAUAUAUAGGGAACUGCUUUUUUUUCAUCAAUUGAAACAUAAGAUGAUUUUCUUAGCAACACAGUUGAACCAUGAUCUCGCUUUCCUCUUUACGAAAAAGACCUCUCGAGAUUCGUAGAUGCAAUCUUAUACUGUGACAUUCUUAGCUAUCUAUUCUCAGCAAUUCUUGCAAGGACUACUUGGACAAACAGCGGCGAGGCAAAGCCGGAUCUUGUCGUAGAUCAGGAUCAGCAAUAUAAAAUAACAUUUAAAAUUGAAGGCAAGGCUGAUUGGACAGCUAAGAUUUACAAAUUUAUUUGCCCAAUAUGUCCACUAGACAAAACUAGUGUUCAUCAGGGGCUGGAAAAACUAAGUGAGAAUAGAGUAAACGGUUACAGUAUAUAAAAUAAUACAAAAAUGAAAAAUAAAAUGUGAUUGGUGGAGGAAUACAAUAGACAAAAACUUGUAUAAAGAGGUUACUUAAAAAUAUAUGUCAAAAGAUUAAAUUUCAUUUCGUCUGUUCAUCCCAUAGGGUUCAAGUGUUUUGCCUUUAGAUAUUAAAAAUCCUUCGCGGGCCUUACGGAUACUGUCCCUGUCUGAAUUAAUCAGUUCUAAUGGAAUGAAUUCUAUGUCCUUCAUGGAAUGAUCUGGAAGGGAGAACUGAUCUGAAACGGCGGUGGAAUGAAGCAAUAUGGGUUUCUGGCUUUUUCUAUGGAGCGUCGGUGCUUUUCAUAUCUGUCACUGAGCUGGCGUUUAGUUUCGCCGAUGUAUUGCAUGUUACAUUUAUUGCACCGGAUCAUGUUAAUGUGACUGGAAAGUGAACGGGAGAUGUGGUGUCGGAUGCGUCGUUGUUCUUUGGUAGAGAAGAAGGUGUAAGACGUGGUUCCUUUUGUAACAGAAGGACACGUCUUACACCUACCUCUGUUAUAGCGGAAAGCUCUCUAGUGUUUUGGGGUGGUGGUCUGCGGUGUUUCGCUCUGACAAGGAUUUCACGCAGAUUUGGUAUUGCAAAGUUGAUAGGGUAUAAUAGGAGGAGAAGGAAGUGCUUCUUUGCAUCAUUGUGAAGAAUGAAGAAUGAAGAAUGUUAAGUUUGCCAUAAAUAUGGUUUAUGUUGGGAAGAGCUGGAUUGAAUGUUACUACAAAUGGUACUCUGUCAGCGCCUGAUACGCAAGUAUCUUGUGGAGAUGUGCUUCAUGAAAGGAAGCAAAAUGAUAAUAACGUGUCUGUAGAAGAAUAGCGUUGGCGCAGUGCCACAGAGAAUGGUCCGCGCUAUCCGCUUUGGCUAACAAGGAAGCCAAGAUUUAAGGGUCACCCGCUUCAAGUUCCACUGUACAGCACAGACCUGUACAGUUUGAUUUUGACGAUAGCUUUCUACCACCAAAUUUGUCUCCCUUUUCUUCCAUGACAAAUAACAUUUCUAGUGUGAUGCAGCAGUUAUUUGCAUUUCGGCUUGUAAUUUAGGAUUAAUUGGACAAGCUGGAGUUCAAAGGAACCACCAGCCUUUGAUCCAUCGACAUUGUUUUCAAUCUAACUGACAAAAACUAGGCGCAACGCGUCAAGAGACGAUUAAAAGUUUGAAAGUACAGAGAUAAACUUUCAGGGGCUCAUAAGGAGGAUUUUUGCAACCAUAAUAAGGCAUAGAUUGUGUUUUUAUCAAAGCAAUUUUAACCUUUUUCUAAGAAUGCUGGAAAAAUUUGCCUUUUCUCCACUCUACAGUCCCCGCCUGGCGGAUGGGAAAAUUCCCAGCCAGAGGGUACACCUACAGUUUGCCAGACGAAAAAAAAAAAAGAAAAAAAGAAAAGAAAAACAAAGCAAGGAAUACAAGCAAUCCUAGAACUUUUGUAGAAUUCCUCGAGACCUCAAUCUUAUUCUACGUAGCACAAGAAUGACUGCUGAAUGUGAUCAUUUUUGUUACAGAAAAAUACUAAAGGAAAUUUUCCCUAUCCUGUCUGCAGGGACAGAUACAUUCCAAACUGGCAGUUGAAAUAGGCAAGAUGAAUUAAAGGGUUUGUCAAAAGCUUGUCACCUCGAAAUCGAGGUCAUAAUCCUAGAUAUUAGCUAUAAUUUGCACUGUGUAACAAUAAUCAAGCUUGUUUUUUUGCCUGUCUAAAGCUUCGAUUGCUCAAAGUCCAUAAAAAUGGAAUCUAUAAGCGUCACGUUGAUUCAAUCAACGCAACCAGCUCAAAUUCUGUGAAGCCGACGAUGCAUGAAAUCAACAAACUUUUAUCAGAAGGCAGAGUGCAACUUUGCCAUUCAAAAGGUCUCACGUACUCAGUAGCAGGCCCAGGGGAGAGAAAGGAGCCCAGGGACGAAGAGGACACAGAGGGAAACCUGGAAACAAAGGAGAUCAAGGCAUCAUGGGAUCACCAGGAAAGAGUGGCAAGUAAGGCAUUAUGGGACCUGUUGGGCUGGCUGGCGAAGCUGGUCCUAAAGGACAAAAAGGAGACAUGGGGCCCGCGGGCAUUCCGGGAUCUAAAGGAGAGCCUGGUGAAUCGAUUUCAGCACCUUCUGUUGCUGUUUCUCCUGCAAGGUCGACUGUAG